ACAGCAAGUUAAUUAAGAAUGACGAUAAUGAAAUUGGGUAUGGAAGAAAUGGAGGCAUCAUCCAUGAACCCUUACGAGGUGCUGCACCACUUUACGUCGCGCAACGCCGUGGUGGUCUUCAGUUCCACCGAAUGCUGCAUGUCCACGGUCGCCAAACGCCUUCUGUUCAGCCUCGGAGUGGGUCCCACCGUGGUGGAGCUCGACCGCCACGCCGCCGGCACCGCCAUCCACGCCCUCCUUUUCCAGCUCGCCGGCACGCAGCAGCAACCCCUCCCCGCCGUUUUCGUCGGGGGAAAGUUUCUCGGCGGAGUCCAGACCCUCGUCGCCACUCACAUCAACGGCACACUCAUUCCUCUCCUCAAGCAAGCCGGUGCUCUUUGGCUUUAAUCAGUCCAUAUUUUGUAGGAAUUGAACUCAGUAUCCAAAGAUUAUAACUGUUUUUAUACAUUGUUCAACUAAGUGAGUUAGUC